AUGCGUCCGUCUUCUCCAGAUAAGCAUAGUUUGCACUCAGAAGGCAUCAAAGCAGUUCUAGUGUUCUUCUUCCUUUGCUUCGUGGCUCUGUCUGCCGCUGCUCCCCAAUUCAUCACCACUUGGCCUUUCACCGCUCCCGUCUCCAGGACCAUCGUGGCUGGACCUACCGUUGUGAAUGGUUUCGACGGCCGCUUCACCUACCCUGGCUAUGUCGGAGUCCUAUAA